UCAGAGACGCGACUUUCCACAGCUUGGAAAAUUAUACGCAACGCCCAGUCGGCACGGCACGGCACGGCACCAAAGUUACUUCUUAUAUAUACAUCUCUCGUGCCAGAAGAAGAGAUCGAAAACCAUUUCCUUUUGAGUAUAAGCCAUGGCUGUACGUGCCAAACAUGUGCUUCUCAUUGCAGCUCUCGUGGUUAUGGCCUUGAUCUGCACCGCAGAUGCUUUGAAACCCAAACGUAUCCGUAUCCAAUUCUACAUGCACGACAUCGUCGGCGGCCCGAACCCGACUGCCGUCCGGGUUGCCGGCCGGUUGACCAACUACACAGGUUCGGACCCAAUUGCAGCCACGUUUGGGUCUGUUUCCGUUAUGGACAACCCUCUGACAGUCACACCGGACCCGAAUUCAACCGUGAUAGGACGCGCACAAGGGAUCUAUGCUUCGUCGUCACAGCACAGAGAGUUCAGCCUUCUCAUGACGCUCACAUAUGUGUUCAUCAGUGGACCGUACAACGGCAGCUCGUUUAGCGUGGUUGGCCUGAAUCCGGUGAUGAGCGAGGUUAGAGAAAUGCCAGUUGUUGGAGGCACAGGGAUUUUCCGGCUUGCUCGUGGAUAUUGCUUUGCUAGGACUUACUCUCUGGACCAGGUGGAUGCAAUUAUUGGAUACAAUGUGACACUUUAUACAAAACCAAAAUCCCACAAUCAUUAUGGCUAAUAAUGGAGAGUUGAAUCUGAUCGAUAAUUUUGUAUAUCUAAUUAAAAUUAUUAUCAAUUAGAAUGUAAGUACGUGUCCAUUUCUUUUA